CUCCGUGACCCUGCGAAAUCCUAUCAGUUUCCGCAACACCAUUUCCAGCCCUACCACAAAGCCGCACCACCGCCGCCGCCGCGUUAAGCCAUCCACCCUAACACCGCAGUCCCGCUGCCCCGGCCCUCAUCCUCCCAUCCUCGCCCAACCCCUACUGAUGAGCCUUUUGCUCCCAUGUCGACAAGCUUCUCCAUAGUUUGCCGCCGAUGCCGCACGAGCUCCCUUGACCGUAGCCUCUCCUAUGUUGGGGCGGGUUGGGGGUGAAUCGGUGGAAAGAUACUGUCGCUUAGCAUCCUGUGAUCGUUCAUCGCCAACUCCUGCAGUCCCAUCGCGAACUACCGGAGAAAGAAGCGGCGACUCGGCAGGCGAUGCUUUUGCUGUUGUCAUCCCGCUACAGAGCUUCUCUUGGUCUGAUGCGAGCUGUUCGAUUGUCGAUGUAGUUGUAUCUGCAUGGUGGGCAGGGAUCGACACCGCAAAGUCCACGAACACGAUCUGGCUACAAAAUGUCGAUUGGGGAGACGGACUCGCUGUUGCCGCUGAAUCCACCGCUGGACUCCUAUGCACAAGAACCACAUGGAGCUGUUCCGUAAUAAGUCACAACAUUUUUGGAGGUGAGCAAGGUGCUGAAGAAGGCGUAGGCCACAGGGAAGAAGGUGGAGCUGUGGCCAUGCUUAGUCAAUUCAUUGACUUUGCAACAUCCAUGUUUCUUUUGUUUUUUUACAUGGCCUUUCAAUAUACAGUCACUUAUUGUAGAAUGAUGAGAAGUCACUCACAGUUACAGACCGAGUUGCUGAAUUUUAGUUUUGCAUGGCUAACAGGUGGUGUUGGCUGAUCUUUGCCUUAUGCUUUUGCUUGUGACUUGUGAUAUAAAUUUGUUACAAUCUUGCUGUGAUGACCUGACAUGUGAGUGUGGCUGAGUGUCAGAAACUAAGAACUCAAUUGAGAACUUUACACCUUGACAUCAAUAGAAACUGACAACUCAACUGAGUCUAUCAAUCCUGCUCCAUCCUCCUCUACAGAAAUCAAUAUGUGCUUUGUUCUCCAAAAGUAAAUAAUGUGUGCUCUUGUAAAUAACAGAGUUAAAUGUUUCAGAUUGCUUUGUCUGCUAGUGCCAGACUGCUAGAUGAUGCAUUUGUUAAAUCACUUUAUUCAUGUUAGGUGUGUGUCGGUGUGUAUUAUUGUAUUAGGCACUUAGGCUGUUAGCUCUAGCACUUAGAUUAUUAAUUCUGAAAGUCUGAAAUAUGAAUAUAGCAAGUACACAGUUAUAUGCUUCUUGUCACCUAUUUUUCAUGUCCCCAUUUAGAAUUGGAGAGAUUGAUGGAUAGUAAAAGUAUGUGGUUGCAACUGCAUAUUUAAUUUUAUACUGACUUACUGAGUACUAAGAACUGAGGUCUGACAUAACUUUAGGCCUUGUUUAGUUCGCAAAAAUUUUUAAGAUUCCCUGUCACAUCGAAUCUUUGGUUGCAUGCAUGGAGCAUUAAAUAUAGACAAAAAU